UAUUCUAUUUUUCAUUUCCUUGAGUUUUGCAUUGUUUUUUUUAUCAUAACAUGUUAAAGGAUGGAAUGGAUACUAGUUAAAAGUCUGUUUAUUAUUUUUACUACUAUACAAGUUAGAGGUCUUCCGCCUGGUUCAGGCGUUUGUGAAAAAACACAGAGAGUACAACAAGGUAUGAUUAACACGACUGUUAUAGUAAAGCAUUGCUGCAACAAUUAUUACCAAAUAGACGAAAGAUGUGUUGAAUGUCCGAUUGGUCACUUUUCGAAAGGUGAUAACUGUACAAAAUGCAUUGACGAACGAUAUGGUAUCAAAUGCGCAGAGCAAUGCAGAUGUAACAGCACGGAAAGGUGUGAUAAUGUGAAGGGAUGCAUUCCUGUAGAUGCUGUAGAUGGACGUACAACAUACAAGACAGUGACGGGCUUAAAUGCUGGCGGUCAGACUGCAGGAAAUGGUAACAGUACUGUUGUUAUCUACGUCAUCUGUGUAGCAGCUGGAAGUGUUUUAAUUGUCAUCUGUGGUAUAUUCGUGAAGAACAGAGAAGCAGUUUGUAGACGAAAACCAACCACCAUUGCCAUGGAAAAUGCAACGAGGAAGAGAAAGGAACCAAAUUUAAGCUUUGGAAAAGAAAACUUGAAAAAUAAAAAAGAAAGCAUGUAUGAUGAUAUAAAUGAGAAAUACAUGAUUAAUUUCGACGGGGAGUAGUUCAGAACGUUGCAAGAUAUAUUUUGUCAAUUACAAGACAACUUAUAAUGUGUCUGUGUGUAGGGGUAGGGGAUACCAUUUUAUUUAGCUUCUUAUGUACUUGACUUUUUGAUUGAAUGAAUAAUAUGUUAAAAUGAUCAAAUAUAGAUAAUGAUCUUCGAAUUUUAUUAAAAAGUUGUCACCCUGAA